AGCGCCGAGCAAACUUUCCUUCCUUCGCCGCUGCUACCAUGUCGCGUUCCCUUAGCUCCCUCCCGCCCGAACCGGCAGCGGAGACGGUGGCCUCCCGGCUGCGGGCCGUGGCGCAGUUUCUCAGGCGGGCGCUGCCGCUGUGCCAGGCCCACACGGUGGAGUUUUACACGCGGGGGCUGUGGGAGCAGCUGGUGGCUCUCUCUCCCGAGACGGUGCUGGAGGCGUUGAGCGGGGCCGGGCUCCUGCGGCAGCAGCGCCCCCUGGAGGAGGCCGCCGGCACCGCCAGGCCUGGGCUAUGGGAUAACUGCAAGUUUUCCAACGUGUUCUGUGAAAAUUCUCAGAAGCUGGUCAACGUGCAGUUCUUUGCUCUCGCUGCUAAAUACCAUUCCUUGCCAAGUCUUGAAGUGUGUACCCCAUUAGACCAGAUGCUUGGAGCACUGAGUGGAAAGCAACACGAGAGAUGUGGUCAGCUCCCAGACUACUGCACUGGACAGCACAGUAUGGGGAGGAGGGACUGUAUAAUGGUGGGACUACAUACAUGUGGGGAUCUUGCUCCGAAUACACUGCGAAUCUUUACUGCUAAGCCUGAAAUCAAGGCAGUUUGCAGUGUGGGCUGCUGCUACCAUCUGUUGACAGAAGAGUUUGAAAACCAAAAAGAUUGCUCUCCAGGAUUGUGGGGGUUUCCCAUGUGCCGGUAUUUAAAGGAAGAGGGCUGGUGCUGUGGUCGCAAUGCCAGAAUGUCAGCGUGCUUAGCUUUGGAACGAGUUGCGGUCAGCCAAGUGCUGCCUACAGAAUCAUUGUUUUAUCGAGCUGUUCUACAGGUUAUUAUAGAGGAAUGUUACGGUGUCAUCAAAAGUGAUCGGCAUGUUGGUAAAAUUUUCUCCAAGUCUUCCUCUUUCGUGGAUUAUGUCAGAAAGUCUCUGAAGAAGCUUGAACUAGAUGAGACAAAGCUUCCGGACAGCUGUAUAAUGGAUUACUAUGAAAAAUACAAGCAUAGAAUGAAUGAGCUGGAAGCAUUUAAUAUGUUGAAAGUUGUUCUGGCUCCCUGUAUAGAAGUUUUAUUACUUCUGGAUCGUCUUUGCUACCUCAAAGAGAAGGACAACAUUGCCUGGUCUGGACUGCUGAAGUUAUUUGAUCCUGUGAAAUCCCCCAGAUGCUAUGCAGUUGUUGCUCUGAAGAAAUAGAAGUGUGCUCAAGUUGAAGCAAAUUGCUAGAUAGUUCACAACUCUAGGUCUAAUAUUGUUGUUACUUUUGACACUCACAUUUAUUUUGUUAUUAUUUUAAGUUAUUAUCUAAGUACUUCAAUGAUAUGUUAUGUAACCGUCUUGUUUUUACUUGAAAAAUAAAGCAUUUAAUAAGUGUGAAUCAUGAGAAAUAUAUCCAAAGUAAAAUUGAACUCGUUUUAUAUUUCAACAUGUCCUGGUCUAAUUUAAUAAAGUAAUGUUAAGCAUCUGAUUUUCCCAGAAAAAUUCAGAGGCCCAUAUUGUGUGAUUAUUUUUAAAGCAGAACUCUAUAGAUGUUAAUAGCUUAAAAACUGAUGGGACAGUAUAAUUCAGACUUAUGGGGAAAUGCCCAUUCUGUUAUAAUCAUAGAACUGGAAGGGACCUCGAGAGGUCUUCUAGUCCAGUCCCCUGCACACAUUGCAGGACUAAGUAUUAUCUAGACCAGCCCUGACAGGUAUUUGUCUCACCUGUUCCACAACCUCUGUGGUCAGUUUAUUCCAGUGCUUAACCACCCUGACAGGAAGUUUUUCCUAAUGUCCAACCUAAAUCACCCUUACUGCAAUUUAAGCCAAUUGCUUCUUGUC